UCUAAACUUAAUGCAUAAGUAUACUAAUACAAAUGCAUAUGCACUGAGCGACCAACAAUUUUUUUACAUAUGUACAUAUCCAUAUCAUAUGCAUACAAAUUGUCCAUAUACAUACAUACAUUUCAAGUUUUUGGACCCAUAAAUGAUAGUUGCUAGUCUUCAAUAAAUAGAUAAAUACUUUUGGUUCGGACGGGAACUCAGACUGCUAGGACCUACCGAACUAACAACACAAGAAAGUGCGGAAGCACGACAAAACGCAGAAGCAUUAGCAAAGCAGAACAUGGAAUAAGCAGCAGCGAAACAGACAAGACAUUAAAAUUUGACUCGAAGGGACUGGAUGCCGAAGAUAGGGGACAUAUUAUGAGUCAGAAACCACCCACUCUCGAAGAAAAUUGACAAGACCACAGCGAAACUCGAACCAAAGUACAACGGUCCUUGUAAGGUCCUCGAACUAUUGUCCCCAGUCAUAGUCACUGUCAAAGAUACCUCUACUAACAAGAAAAGUCGAGCACAUGUAUCGCAACUAAAACCCGCAAGCAAAAAUGAGCAAGAAACAGUCACAAUAACGACACCUCUCGAAAGAAUCUGCUGGACCACCGCAAACAAGGCAGAUCAGCCAAAACAACAGGCCACCGAGCGUAUCAGCUGGGCACGACAAGUAGAAAUAGAAGAAAGUAACACAGACAUCCUGAACAUUAGAGAUCCACCAGGGACUCACAAAAGACAAAGGCAGGCACCAACGAAGCCAACAGAAAGCCAAGCAGCGGAGAAGCCAAUACUCAGAAAAGCACCGGACAUGCCAAGUCGGGCAUGAGAAAGGCCGAUCCCAACACAACACCGAUCCGCGGAGAAGCCAAUCCCGAUUCAAAGCCAGGCUCUAGCGAAGCCACCACAAAGCCAAGCAGCGGAGAAGCCGAGACCGAGACUGAGACCCAGCCGUGCACCGGACAUGCUAAAUCGAGCAAAAGAGAGGUCGAUCCCGACACACCGAGCAGAAGAAUAUCUGCGAGACAGGCAACGGACAUGCCAGCACUGGUCAAAACUGCCAACACAGCGGUAUCCAUACCCGUUAACUGGGAGGUGCACCAAGGGUUUAACCUUAACCGAAGCCAGGUGGAAUUGGUAUUACGAGCGGUGAACAACCGCCAGGAGCAUCGCCAGAGGAGGUUCAAGCAGUAGAACGAGGAGAUACCAGACAUGGCGUGCUGGGGAAUCAACCUGACGACGCUUCCCAAGAAGAGGAGGGAGGACUGUGACGCCCAGCGCUGCUGGAGAACAUCGCCAGCAUUACAAUAACAAACAAAUGUUUUUUGUAUUACUUAGAAUUAAUGACUCACAUUCCAAUAUUACUACAUUUAACCAUUUACCUAGAUC